AUGAAAGAACUUCAACAAACUUCAUUUCCUCGACCAAGUGUUGAUGGACGUUUAUUUCUUGAGCAAUUGUUACAAUCAUUAAAGAACAGUGAAACAGAUGAAGACAGGCGAACAAAUGCUGAAUUAGCUGUUGCUUUUGGUUUAUCAGAAGCGACAUUAAUGUCAUUAUCAAAUAUUGAUCCACAAAAGACAUCACUACGUGUAUUUAAUGCUUUAUUUCCUACCAAUAAAGCUAAAGAAUAUUUAAAAAAUGUGACUCAUGUUAUAACAGAAUAUCCAAAUUUAUUAAACGAUAUUUAUGUUUUUGCACGACGUUGCUCUCCAGACUGUGUCUAUACAAUGGCAAUGUUAAAGGAUGCAAUCGGAAACUCGAUUCGUUGUGCUCGGCACAACGUGAAAAAAGCCAACACGCAACAUAUAGCAGCAGCAGCAGUUUUACAACUACAAAUGAAUCAUGGUAAUAAUGAUAUUAAUAACAUCUGA